AUGGCUGAUCUCCCGAGCAUUCAAAUGGACUUAAACGAGAGAGGGUUCGAGAAAGAUUUGAAAAGUACUUUUCUUCUGGAUUCGAAGGUUGUGAAAUUGUAUGACUACCACGAUGUCCCGUACUUCCUAAGAGGAAAUCCGUACGUAACGUCUGGUUACCGGGCUUUGUUGUCUUUCAAAAUGUGCAUCAAAAGGUUUGUAGAAGGGGCAGUAGUCUUUCUCCCUUGGGUGUGGCUUUGCUUUUGUUACGGGUUGCAUUGGGGUUACUUUUGACAGCAUACAUACAGGGACAAGUCUUUCAUGGGAGGUAAGCAGAAUAUUCAGAAAGAAAGGUUACAAAUAAAUAAUAUGUUGAUUACUUCUCUUAACCCCAGUUAUCAUAGCCUUAGAACUCCAGAAAGUUUCUACUUCUUCUAUUAAUUAUUAACCCUCAACAGAAAAAGGUGGUGUCAUUAGAAUUGAUUACAUUGAAGCAAUAUUUUUACCUUUUUUUGUGGGCUCGUGGUUAGCCCUUUUUGAGUGGCUUUAUGGUAAGUAUGCUUAAUGUUGCAUUUUAAGGUCAAGGGAACUGCCCUGUUUAGCGUCAUUGUGUUGCGUUAAUGGUUUCUUAAUCCAGGCGGAGUAUAAAUGAGCACCGCCAAACUUUCUUGGAAACUUCAGCUGAUAAAAUUAGGGGAUGAACUACAUAGCUGAUUAACUCACUUUCUGCAAAUGAGUAGCCUGGAGAAGCAGUUUCAAAAAUUAUACUCCUCGUAAUUUCAUACAUAUCAAGGUGGGAUUAGGUCCAACACCUCUUCUUAGUUUAACCCCUAAAAGUGAUAAGCAUCUAAUUUCUCCCAACAGCUUCACCCUUAAUCAAACAUAAAGGUUUUGAGAACAGAGGAAAUGACCACAAACUCAAGAAGCUCUUGAUUGUUAGACAAAUUCUCUUUGUAAGAACUAUAGGAAAUGAUAUAGAACAGCAUAAAGAACUUGCAUACUGAUGUUCGGGUGAAAAGAGUAAAAAUUCUUUAUUUGUAAAAUUACUCUGACCUUUGAAAUUUCUCUUCACUUUGCAGUCUCUUUGUACUGUCCAAUGAGUCCAUCAACAUCUGGUCUCACUUACUUGGAUUCUUGUACUUCUUUUACCUUCUCCUUGUUGAUAACUUAGCCAAGAUUCCAGAACACAAUGGAACAUUUUCUGAUCAUGUGGUGCUCACAUGUUUACUUAUUGGCUAUAUGGUAAGAAAGACACCUUGAAAGUGGAUGAAAUAAAAAAAUUCAAAUAAUUUUGCAUUGUUCCAGAAUCCUUCAUCCUACUAGAUAAAGCAAACAGUAAUGGUUUGUUUUGUUUCAAGACAGUACUAUCGAAUUUAACUUUUGACAAGCACCAUGUUAUUACUGUUAAUAUAAACUUAUCCCCAAACUCACUUUGCCCAUGGAAUCUUGAAGGCUGUUUAAAAUAACCAAUUAUUGUGUGCUUGGUUGCCAAGCCUUUGAAUAGGAGUAAGGCUAAGGGUGACCUUGUGAUGAUACAAACCUUGCUGCUUUUCAAAUAUAAAUUACUUUGUCAUCAUGUUAACUAGACACUGGUCUCUAUCACAACAAGGUCACCUUCAGCCUCACUCCAAAUCAAAGGCUUGGCAACUAAGUGCACAACUGUAAAAUGGCCUAUUACAGAACAGCGCAGGCUUCCAACUUGUGCUCACCAAGUGCUCAUCCUUACUCCUGAACAGUGGUAUGUUUCCUCUUUUCCAGAUUUGCAUGUUCUUUUCUGCCUUCUAUCAUUUAUUUUGCUGUCACUCUGAAAGAGUUUUUCACCUUUGGUUGUCACUUGACCUGGCUGGUGUCUCACUUGGUGUGUGUGCUUGCUAUGUGCCUGCAGUUUACUACGCAUUUUAUUGUCAUGUGGUAAGGGAUAUACAGUGUAUCUUGGAAUAUAUAUUUAUUCAGAUAAAUGUUAGUGGGAAUCUAUAUUCAAUUUAUUUUUAAUCCUUUAACUUCCACAAGUGACCAAGACAGAGUUUCUCCUUAUACUUCUGAUACAACAUGGAGCAGACAAGUAAUGAGAAAAAAGAAAAUCAAAAUAAUGGAUUAUUAGUUGAUCCAAUACCAAUUUCUCCAAACUCACAUUACAUCAGAGAGACAGCAAGGAGAAUUACUAAUAAGACUUUGAGAGUGAAAGGGUAAAUAUUUAGGUUGUGAACACUAGAUUUCUAUUGCUUGGUAGUUGAUAAAGGGUAGCACUCUAGAAUUGUGAGUCAUAGGUGUGAGAUUCUCCAGUAUUCACAAGUGAUUGACAGCUUUAAUUGGUAGGCAUGUGACAUGCAUAGCAUAUGUGAGAUAUAAAGACUCUGAUCAUGACUUCCACUCAGGUUGUUGGAACUUCGGUCAUUGUAACUGACAACAGUCCCUAUUGGGACAGCCCUCACCAGCAUGAUCAGAGUACAUAAUCAACGGUAAAAUUUACCUUAUAUAAUUUUUAGGCCAUGAGGAUGAUCUAUUAUCACAUCAGUAUAUAAUCACUGGUGGUUCAAAUACCUUGCUAUAACAAAGUGUGAGGGAAAUUUCUUCACACUUUGUUAUAGCAAGGUAAUUGAAUUUCGAAAAACUAUUUUUUUUUUUUUAGUAACAGUUAAGUCUAGAAAUCUAAAAUAAUACUUUUUACUUUGAAUUGAUCUUCUAGACUUGGCAAAGCAUUUACCUGGGUGGUGUGAUUCUUCUGACUUUUGUUUCAUUGGCAUUUCAAUUUCAUCAUUCUUUCUUGACAUCACAUUGGGCAAGUAGACGUCUUUUACUGUUCUGUAGCCUGGUGGCAUAUGGUGUGGUCCCAGCAAUCCACUGGGUACUGCUGCUUGGAGGAUGGAAUGACUUCUCUGUGAGGGUAGGUACACAAAAGUUAGUUUAAGGGGGAUAGGUCUUGCUACCCAGAUGUUUUACCUUGGAGAAGAUUAUCAUUGAUGAUAACCAAAACAGUGUACAAGAUACUUUGAUUUUUUAGGUGCAAUUUGUUUGCAAAUUCUCAUGCUUUGAAGCUCACCUUUGGAAAUUCACUUUAAGAAUCAGCAAAUUGAAAUGCAGGGUAAAGGUGAUUUAUUUUCAAAAUGAAAGUCUCUAAAUCAUUCUUCUCGACAGUAUUCUAAAAGUAUUAUUAAAUUAAAAGUAUUAUAAAUUUACUUUUAUUACCUGAAAUCUAACACAUUUUAAUUGUUCUUUUAGCUCUUCAUUCCAAAAGUGGUUGUCAUGUAUUUGCUGGGAAUUCUUGCUUUAGGAUUUUAUGCACUUAAAAUACCAGAACGAUAUUUCCCAGGUAAAGUAAACAACGUGAUUGUGCUUUAAUUUAAAAUUAAAUACAUGAAACUUGCGUUCAAAAUGAUAAUUACAUUAAAAUUGUUAGCUAGAAUUGCUAUUUUUCACUAAAUUGUGACUGAUAUCCACCACUUUCUUUAGCUGAGGUGAAUAAUUGUGGUUGGUGUCGACUGCACAAGCUCAUUUAGUCCUUAGUGCACCCCAAAAAAUACUGUUUUCACUCUUUCCACCCCAACAUCAAUAUGGGUAUUCUCCAUACUGUUCUCUAUUAAAUUUACUAAGGUGUUGACAAGGAGAAUUUGUUUAACAAUCACGACUCAUACAAGCUUUUCUUUAGUCGCUGAUCAUUUCCUUUAUUCUCAUAAUCUUAAUAUGUGAUUUAGGGGUUACAUUGUUGGGAGAAAUAAGAUGCUAAUCACUCUUAGGGGUCAAAGGGUUUAUUAAGUUUUCUUACCAUACAGUGCUCAUUUCAUUUCCCAUCGCCUUUCCUGCAGUGAAAGUGGCUCUGUCGGUUGGGGAAAAACUUGAAAAAAAAAUUGAAUGAGAGCCCAAGUUCAAGAAAAGCUUGAAUUCAUGUGUCCUUUUCUACCAGUUUUCCUGAGCAGAAUGUUCCUGAUACAAUAUAAAAGCUAAAGUUAAUUAGGGUAAUUAAUUAACAAUAACUUUGAGGCAAAGUCUUAAUCAUCUGAAACUCCAAAACAAAGGUUGGGUUGGGCAAUGGGAAACAGAACAUUCUAUGGGAGAGGCCUAAGGUAUGUAGUACUUAUGGUAACCCAUAACUUUUUUCUUCUCCUUUUGCAGGUAAACUAAACUAUGUUGGAUCAAGCCAUCAAUGGUGGCACCUAUUUAUUGUUGUAGCUUUUUACUGGUGGCACAGAUCAAAUCUCGUCUACAUGAAGUACAGAUUGGAAUAUCAGUGUUUAACAAACAGUGAACUUUCAACUUCGGACUUUCCAUUUGAACUUGACUUAUUAUAACAUUACUGAAAAUAGUAUAUUUUAAAGUUAUCAAUAGUAU